GUCUGUCUCUCGCUUUACGUUUCUCACUUCCUCCAUCUCUCUCUCUGGCGCUCGCGGAGAGUCCUGAAAGCCGCGCUGACAGCUCGCAGCUCACGCGGGUCCGGGCCCACAGAUCGGAUCUUUUCAGCAGAACGUGCGCAGCCCUCGCACGCUGUCUUCUGCGCUAAAGAGCUGCGACUGCGGACUGUUUGCAACCGCGUAGACCUCCAGCCUCCACAUGAAUACAGGAGUUAUUUUUGGCGUUUGUUGCGGGAUUUAAACAUAGAGAAGACUUGCUAUUGAAGGGGACGAGGGAGACUUCUAAAAAAAUGCUGAUUUGUCGUUAGGGGUUAUAAGGCGGUUCACAGCUGUCUGCCGAGGCUACGAUGGAACGAGAGGGCUCAUUGAGGAGAAGUCUCCACAGCAAGCUGAGGUUGGGCAGCAACUCAUCCUCCAGUCUGACUGACCUCUCGCAGGCAAAAUCCCAAGGAGGAGGAGGAGGAGGAGGUGAUAAGGGAGGAACAACUGGAGGACUGGCUGAGGAGUGCAGCAGGGAUAGAGGGACCCAGCAGAGGAGGGCCGGGACCAACGCCACCUGGAACAGCAUCCACAACGCAGUGAUAUCAGUUUUCCAGAGGAAGGAUCUUGGGGAAAAUGAACUCUACGCUUUGAAUGAAGGUGUCAGGCAGCUGCUAAAGACGGAGCUGGGCUCCUUUUUCACUGAGUACCUUCAGAACCAGCUGCUCACUAAGGGCAUGGUGAUACUGAGAGACAAGAUCCGCUUCUAUGAAGGUCAGAAGUUGCUGGACUCCCUGGCUGAAACAUGGGACUUCUUCUUCUGUGAUGUUCUGUCCAUGCUGCUGGCCAUCUUCUAUCCUGUACAGGGUAAGGAGCCAUCAGUGCGUCAGUUGGCUCUCCUCCACUUCAGGAACAUCAUCACCCUCAACUUGAAACUGGACGAGGCUCUGUCUCGACCCCGAGCCAGAGUUCCCCCUUCUAUCAUACAGAUGCUGCUAAUUCUACAGGGAGUCCAUGAAUCUAAAGGUGUAACUGACGACUACCUUCGUCUGGAGUCUCUCAUCCAGAAGGUGGUCUCUCCCUACCUCGGGACUCAUGGGUUAUAUUCCAGAGAUGGAUCUUCCAAUUCACACUGUUCUUCCUGCGUAUUAGAAAAGCGUUUGCAGCGCUCCUGGUCCUCCAAACAAAGCAGUUCGCCCAUCGCCAAAAACCCAGUGGUACGCUCCAAGAGCUACAACGUUCCCAUGCUGACCCCCGUGGUGGAGUAUGACGCUGACUUCUCCACAGGAAGUGGCACAGGUAUCAGACGACACUCCGUCUCUGAGGUGACUUCCUGCUUGGAGGAGAGCAGCUCUUUGGAUGAAUCCACGUCCACUGUCAACAACAACACCAGCACACCCAGCCUCGCCAACCACUCUCCAGCACUUUCAGACACUGUGAACUCCAGCCAGGAUCCCGGGCCCGGAGUCGCUGACAGCCCUGCGGGUCCCCACCCUCUCCAGCCACAGAAUCCCUCCCCCUGCAUCCUCCCAGAGCCUUCCCGAGGCCACAACGCACACUGCACAAGCUCGCUAGUGUCAGACUCCCCCGCGUCCUCUACAGUGCUGGCUCAAGACACAAGCUCCAGUACCAGUCUUUCGUCCAGUCCGGAGGUCAUGAUGGACAACGUCCUGGGUUUUUUGGACUCUGAGUCGGAGCACGACGGCAUCUUCCUGGACUUCUCACAACGCUGUUCUGGAGGGUCAACCCCGAGCAGAGACAACAGGAGGCACAGUGUGGUGUGGCACACAAGCAUGCACACAUCCAAGGAGAUCCACACUGAUGCGAGGACGCGUGCAAACAAUGCUGAGCCAUCACGAUUUUCCUCCCAACCUGUGACACCUCCUGCUGUUUGAGACUCUAGAUCAUCAUGGAUCCUUUCAAACUAAAUAUUUUUUUAAUAGAUGUGGUCCACCCCUAGAAACAAGUCUAACUUCAUGCUGUCUGUUAAAAAUGUCAAUUUGGCCUUUUUUAGUAUAUGCCCACACCUGAAAACGUCGGCACUGGCCUCUCUGGGAAACUUUAAUCACAUAAAUCACUCCUCUGCCUUCUGAGGUGAGUGUCCCGUUUUCUCUUAUGAAUGAAAACAUACAUAAAGUCAGUAAUGCUAACAUAUCCCAGGGGCAGGUGCGCAUGCUGAAAAAGGAAAUUCUUUUACCAAUGGUAAACAUCUCUUCAAGAGCAGGGCUAUUAAAUAGCUUUGUCCGUCAAAGUCAAACAUUUUAAAUAUAAAAUAAACACCAGCAUGAUCAAUGAUACUUCUAAAUUGUUGGAUGAACUUCAACUUAUUUUAUUAAUUGAUGAUUAAAAUGUUAAUUAUAAUUUUGCCUGUCUUGCAUUAAAUCUAAGAUGAAUUGAUUCAUCCUUCUGAAAGGUAGUUUUGAUAAUGAAACACUGUAAAUUAUAUGUAAUGGUCUUUGCAGCCUGCCAAGAGGAUAACAGCCUUCUUCCAAACAUUGUUUUGGUUGUAUUCAACUGGUUUCAAACCUUUGACUUUUUCCUGCUACUUCCUGUUGUAAUCCAUAUUUUCACUGAAAGUCCCCUCUACAGCAGCUCAGAGGGUGUGUGAGUCAGUGAUUCAGUCAGGGUCUUUAAGUAAAUGUUAGGGAACUUUAUCUACAUGAAAAUGUUUUAUAAAUCUAACUGAACUGAUUGUGUUGACAGAUUCCUCUGUGAGGGACAAGGAGACCGUUUUAAUUUGGUCAUUUAAAGUUAUUCAGAUGUUAAUCGAAGACGAUAUUUUCACAGGUACAUACAGGGCGCUUCCCACUGCUAAUGUUUAACCAAAGACUAACAUCUUAUCUCAGCUCUUUUCACACUGUGUUGAUGUCCACUUAAAAUAGCAGAAAGCCAUGUGUAAACACCAUAGACCGAAGACUCUGGCAUGCAACUGCAGUAUGUUCUUGCUCCCAUGUCUGUCCAAACAGGAACAAACUA